GGAAUGACCAGUCUUUAACUCUGGACCUAUGCUGAAGGUUAUACAGAUGUGAACGCUUGUUGCGUGAGGCGCGGUCCGAAUUUCUCUUGCUGGUUGAGGGCCAACGGGUUAAGAGGGUCUCGUGCCCUCGGUCAGUUGGAGUAAGGCCAGGUGACGAUAGGGCAUCAUGAGGGGCUUGCUGGUGUCCGGUUCCAGAGCCCUCUUCCGAUCCUUCAGCUCCAGCAGCAGAAACUUCUUUGAAAACAGAGUAGCAGAGAAACAGAAACUCUUUCAGGAAAACAAUGACCUCCCGGUUUACCUGAAGGGUGGGACUGGAGAUCAAUUGCUAUUCACCAUAACAAUGACAAUGUCAGUUGUAGGUACUGGUUACUGUCUCUUUUUUUUAACCUGGGCCUCCUUUCCCCAUAAGAAGUAAUACUAUCUAGGACAGAAGAUGGGCCUGGAAAAGGUGGAGCCAGAGCUAGGACUGGGGUGAGGUCUGGAGUUAGUAAAAUUUCCCUCCUGGGGGAGAGCUAACUCAGA